CUUGCGCGCGUCGUGCCGCGGUGCAUGAUGGGAUCUGUAGUGCGCCGGUCUGGCACUUCCUGUACAUUGGACUGCGGGUGUGAAGUUGAGUUGUGAUCUGAGUCGAGCUGAUUAAAGUUAUAAACACACAUCAGAUGUCUGCGCUUGAGGCGUCCAGCAGACCCAUCACUGCAGUGGCCUGGGCUUCCAACACCAGCACCUGUCCCAGUCAUUUCUCUCUGAUCAAUCAAACUGAAGAUGGAGGUUCAGCAAACUUCAGCAGAGGUUUUGGACUCAAGUCAGGAUAUUACCUGUGUUACAGCAGGGAUCUUUCUGGAGGGAUGGUCGUGGCAGAUGUGCAGGUGAUUUCAGAUAAAGAGACGAUUCCUCAUGGUUAUUGCUACAUCCCAGAAUAUCUUGAGCACAAAGCGUCUGUUGGAAAGAAGAAGCGCAUUUGUGUUCGAAUUGUUCCUGUGGGCAGCGUAACGACAGCCGUUCUAGAGCUCAAACUGACGGUCAAGAACAAGACCAUGCUGCAGCAGUACACCUGCCUGGGAGACAUGAAUGGGUUUGUGGUCUGGUGUUUGAAGGGCGCACUCUCUCCUCCAGUGCCGCAGGCUAAGCCUCGUAGAGUCAGUCUGGAUAUGCGUAGUCUCACGCUAGAAGGAUCUGGACCUCCACAGCCGCUCAAACCCAGCAAUCCUCCCACUGGCCCAGCAAAGGUCAGCCGUCGCCGCGCUACCCUAGAAACCAGCAAGACAUUGGAGGGUGUGUGUGACAGCGAUAACCAUAGUAACAUCUAUGGUAUAACAGCGAUGGAUGGAGUUCCAUUCAGUCUUCACCCGAAGUUUGAGUGUCAGCUAAACCCACAGGUGUCUGUGAGCACAUUGAGUGAUAUUCGUAUUAAAUCAGUGCAGGACAUUGAGAAUGAGUAUAACUACAUGUUUGCGGUGGAAGAACUGGCCGCCAAGAGAAUUCACCCCUUGUUGACAAAAUCCUGAAAUAUUGUCUUUUAGGAGCCUGUUUUUUUUUUAUUAGAUUUUAAAUCUAGUUUGUUCCAGUUUGCUUUCAGGUUCUUAUGAAUAAAGUAGCACAAUCUCUUUUUGAACUAGGUCAUCAGGGUUUGAUCUCUCUGUCUUUUUCUCUAUUAUUUACUCUGGGUUGGUUAAACAUGAAGGAUUUUCUACAUUUAUACAUGUAUGUAUGUUUCCAUAUGUUACAGUUUUCAAAUGUUACAGCUUCAUGUGUUUCUGAAAACACUAAAAGUCAAAUUCAAGUGCUUAACAAAGUGGCUAACAACCCCAUUAAAGAUACAGUUUAUGCACGUUCUUUGUUAUUUUAUAAAUAUAAAGCCAAAUUACUUGUGUAUCUGGUUUGGCAUUUUCUGUAGUUUUUUUCCCUUUUACUCUAAUAUUCUAUUUAAAUAUAUUUCAGAAAUGGUGGGACCAAAUAUUUGUGUGUGUGCUUUAUAUUUAUGUCUGUUGAAAGUCUGUUAAAAAACUUUUUUGUUGGAGAAUUUAAAUGGAUAAAAAAAAAUGUGUUUUAGGUAACUGGUAAUGGUAAUGGUAAAUGCUAUAAUUCUGUGGCCAUUAUUUAAUAUGUAAGCAGUAAAUCAAUAAACAGGCGUACAAAAUGUGCCAUAAAUGAGAAUGUGUUUCCAAACCCUCUUUGUCAUAAACAUCCCCAUUAAUAAAAAAUGUGCCUUUAUGGGUAACAAA